CAACAUGGCGGCCAUCGGUGCACGAGUUUUUGCACGAUCUGCGUUGUAUCGGCAGAUAACUGCCACCACGUUUACCAGAUCACCAACAUCAAGUGUGAGAUUUCUCACAACAGAUGUUAAAGAAAAUGUGAGUGAAAAUAAAGACUCUAUGAAAGAUGAAGUCAGUCAAGCAGAAAAACAACUACAAGAAGAAAAGUCAAAGUUACAAAAACAGUUAGAUGAGUUGACAGAUAAAUACAAGAGGGCAUUGGCUGAGACUGAAAAUGUGAGGAAUCAAAAUAAAAAACAACUGGAGGAUAUUCGUCUUUAUGCUAUUCAAGGUUUCUGUAAGGAUUUGUUAGAAAUAGCUGACAUACUGGGUCAAGCCACAGAAAGUGUGCAGAAAUCUGAGCUUGACAGCAGCCCUUCAUUUAAGUCUCUCUUUGAAGGAUUAAAAAUGACAGAGUCUCAGUUACUCAAGGUUUUCUCAAGACAUGGACUUACCAAAAUUGAACCGCUCGGUGAAAAAUUUAACCCUAAUCUACACGAAGCUUUGUUUGAACUUCCUGUACCAGAUAAGACACCAGGAACUGUUGCCGUGGUUUCCAAAAUAGGAUACAAAUUACAUGACCGGACAGUACGACCAGCAAUUGUUGGAGUUGCCAAGGCCCCUUAGCUAGUAGACAAUUAGAUGAGGAAUGAAAGCAUAAUAAUCCUAUGUUACUUUUACAUUUUGCCAACCCCAAAUUCUGUUGUACUGUGUACAGUGGAGAAAAACAUACAAGACAUAUAUGUAUAGCAUAAAGAAAUGUACCAUCCCAUCAAUGUGAUUUUUAAAGAUAGCUGUAUGUCGACACUAUCCUUCCUCUUCUUUUCCCACUCAUUUUGCCUGGAACAUGCAGUAGUGAUAUUACAGUUUUCUGCCAAGACAUCACUAGAUCCAGUGCCAGACAUGGCUGGCAUAAACAGAUGUAUGUAGUUUCAUCUUGCUUGAACCAGUGUUCUACAAUUGAUAUGACAUAUUGCAAUUUAUUUUGUAAACUGGUAUUCCCUUUUUUUUUGUUAUUGAAACAGAAACUCUCAGUACAUGUACCUACAAAAUGUGAAUAACCCAGUGUUACAUGUAUAGGGGUGUAUUAAUUACUUUUUCUGUACGUACUUAUGUACGUGGUCUGCCUUAUUACCAUACACCAUUUUGUACAGUUGCUGUGGUAUUCAGUGUAGCAUAGCAAAAUAAAACACUUCUAGUGAUGGGUGUCACGUGUCAUGAAAUAACAUACGGUACUCCACAACAUUUGUAGCAUGUUACUGUCAUUGGGAACAAUGUCACACACAAAAAAUAAGUGGGAGUGGAUUGUAGUUUUCAAACCUGAAAAGUUUCUUUCUGACAAAAUUGAUUUUAUUUUCUAACUCCUUUUUUGUGAUAAACUCCUUUCAUUUUUCUCCAAGCGUAAAAAUUGUUUAUAUUAUAGACUCAAGAUUUAAGGUAUUAUGUACAUGUAGACUGAUUCCUAUACCAAUGAUGAACCGAUUGAAGUGGUUUUACUUUCAGCUUUUGGAUAAAAAGAUUUGUCUCAGGGCUAACCUAAAUGUUUUCUGAUUAUCCUUGGAAAUGUUAAAAAGUGAAAUUCCAAAUCUAUGACAACUGAUGGUUGUAGCAGGGUUACUUCCCUAUCAUUUCAUGGGUUUUCUCAACAAGUCUGGAUUUUAACCUCAAUGCUCAUUGAAUUGCGUUGAUUGGCUUAUAAAUAUACCACUGAUUUGAAUAUGCUAAUUUUGAAAACAAUGGCGAGUGUGCUUUACUCUGAUUAUUGUGAAAAAGGACCCACCAAGGAUAGAAAGGUUACAGACUAGGGUGAAAAACAUGAUAAAACAGCAAUAUUGUCUUUUUCCAUUCAGAAUAAGUUAAUCAGUUUGAUAUUUACCAGAUUUCUCAGUACAACGGUAAAACAACUUCUAUUUGUGAGCUAUCAAUCAAAUAACAGUAAAAGUUGACUAUGACAGAAACACGCAACUGAAGUAGAAGUGACCAAGACACUUGAUACUGCAUUCAAUCGCACAUAAAAUAUCCUAAAUGGGGAUGUACAUGUAGUCUUCAUAACUUCUGUGUAGAACUCAGAGCGUUGUCAAAGGUUAAAGCACAUUUGUGUUUUACAUGUUAUUAUGGACACUGCUAAAAGAGAAGUUAUGUCUUUGCUAUACAGAAUAGACUCUCACAAUCUAACAUUCAUAUAAUAUUACUUGACACAAGAAUAUUUGUGUAAAUGAAUUUUAUUAUGCAAUACAUAUUAAUCAUUAUUUUUUCACAUUGUCUUGGAUGUCAAAUUUACCAACAGAACAAAUAUGUUAAAAAAUCCUUUGGUGUGAACUAAAUAAAUAGUAAGUGUUGACGCUUCA